AUGAAACUAGCGGGGCAGGUGGGGCUGUACAGGCAGUGGCAGCAGCAGCAGCAGCAGGAGCCUUAUGAACUCGCAACGGCUGCCGCAGCUGCUAACGGACCCGCGAACCCACAGCGCCCUCCUGUGGGGGCGGAAUCAGAGAUGCCCCAGCAGUCGCCACGUGAGCCACAGCCUCAAACGUCGCCCCCCAGUAUUCAAACACCACCGAUCAUUUUUCCACGCAACUCCAACAGAGCUUCUUCACCGACGACGGCUCACGCAACCUCGACGACUCCUCAAAGUCAGUCGAGACCGAGCUCGACCGACCUAGAGGUUGGUUCCUCGAUGACGCUGGGCAUUGCUGCUAUCGGUUCUUUCAAUAACAGCACCAGCAACGGAAGCAACAACAAUAAUAGUAAUGGUGGCAGCAGUAGUAGCAGCAACAACGACAACAAUAUCCGUCAAUUGGCGAAAGUCAAGAGGUUCCUCAGCACACUCCAGCAGUUCGGUAACGAUAUCUCCCCUGAGGUCGGCGAAAAGGUCCAUCAGUACAUCCAGGGAGUCGUGGGUGGUUCGAUCUCGAUCGACGAUUUCCACGCAAAAAUUCAGGAGGUCACGAGUUAUCCAUUGAGACCUUUCGUCACGCCCUUCCUCCACUCAAAUCUCCCACUGAUGCAGUCUGAUCUCUUGAGCGUGGCGCGGAGCGCUAAGCAGAGUCCGCAGCAGUAUCUCCGGGCGCACGAAUCGUUUCUUCUGGAUCCACAUUGUCAGGCCGGGGAGCCCUUCGAAAUCUUUCACCCGGAAGCGAAGGAGAAUUCGCUCAAACGUCCGCGUUCGGAAAAUCGAUUGAAAGAAGAGCCUUUCGGACCUCACAACAAACGCGCGCGUCAGCUAUCCUCGAACGGAGUGCAGAUGCCGUCGCGUUUGGAUAGCAGUCACGAAAUCUACCGUGAAAGAUUGGACAGAAUCGAUCGGAUCCUCCGCCCGGAGCCUAGAUCUGACGCCGUGGACGACGUGUUGCGGAAUAUCCAUAAUAUGCUCAACUGUAUCAUCGGACUGGUGGAGAAAACAAAGAGAGCGGUCAGCGUGUUGCAACGGGCCCCCGGGAUACCUUCCGGACUCCUCGCCGACUUCGUCUGGACCCCGAUAAUUUCAUCUGUCGAUGCUCGAGAGCAAGACGUCGUCGAUAAAAAACGGAUCGGCGAUUUCCUCGGGCCACUCAACUUCGAUCGGGGAGUUGAGCUUGAGACUCGCGUGUCGGAAGUUCGCCGAAAAGCUGAAGAAGCUGUCAACGAAGUCAAGAGACAUGCCGUCCUCGAGCUCCAGAAAACUCUUUCCGCUGCCGAAUCACGCACCUCUGAAUUACUGGCGGUAGAACGAGCGAAGAUGAAUUCCAUUCUUAGCGAAGCCGCUGCUCGACGUUUGGAUCUACACGAUCACGUGAUGCACCCCAUGAUCGGAAGUGAGGAUGCCGAGUCGAGCUGUUGGAACUGUGGACGGCGUGCGAGCGAAACUUGCAGCGGAUGCAAUUUGGCUCGCUAUUGCGGCUCGUUUUGUCAACACAAAGAUUGGGAACAGCAUCACAAGGUUUGCGGUGCGUCGGGUUUGCGCGCGGCUACGGUGCCUUCAGGAGGCGGACUCUUGAUGCCGGCAACAUCGAUGGCCCCCUUAGCGAGUAAGAGAGAAGAGCUAGUGUCUCCGUCCCAAGACAAAGCAGGUUCGUCGGAUGCCGAGGAUGGCAAGGACCCCAAGGAACCUUGUUGA